AUGGCGCGUCGACCGCUAGGAGUAGCUGCAAUUAAGAAUAAAAGUCUUGCACAGGCAAAGUUUAAAGAUAAAGGCACAGAAAUAGCUGAAAACCAGUUUACUCAGAUGGAACAUUUAAUGGAAAUGUUCAAAAAUAAUUUGGAAGAUUUUGCGGUGAAACACAGAGAUGACAUACGCAGAGAUCCUGAGUUCAGACUUCAAUUCCAGGAAAUGUGCUCCUCAGUUGGUGUGGAUCCACUGGCAUCUAGCAGAGGUUUCUGGGCUGAAGUUUUAGGAGUUGGGGAUUUCUAUUAUGAGCUGGGAAUACAAAUUGUGGAAGUGUGUAUGGCAACAAGCAAAAGAAAUGGAGGUUUGAUUGGCAUUGAGGACCUUAGACGUAAAGUGGAGGCAUCACGAGGACGAAAUUCACAAGUCAUUUGCAUUGAUGACUUGAUGAGGGCUAUCAGAAAAUUAAAGAUCCUUGGAAACGGUUUCUCUAUUCAUAAAGUGGGCAAAAGUUUCCUUGUACAAUCUGUUCCAGGUGAACUUUCUUUGGACCACACUGUAGUACUACAGCAGGCGCAGGAGCAUGGUUUUAUCAGCAAAAGCGACCUGAUUCAUAUUUUGGGAUGGAAAGAAGAGCGAGCUGCCAGGGCACUGGACUUCAUGGUAAAAGAAGGUCUUGCUUGGGUGGAUGACUAUGACAGAUGUGAAAGCACAUAUUGGUUUCCAAGUCUUUUCCCGGAUCUGUCACCCUGA